UCAUUGGCCAUUUAGAACGAAUACUACUACGCAGCUGGUAUGAACCUUUUUGUCCUGCACAGUCUGUGGUGGUGGUUGUGUUUUGUUUAUGCGGACAAGGUUUGACAAAAAGAGAUCCAGGGCCACCCUGUUAAACAACUACAGCCGUGAUAACAACCUGCGGAUAGAUGUUGGCAUCCACUUUUCGCAAACAGUUACCGAUUACAGCCGAGUGUAGAUAUUUGUGCAAACUCGAUAUAACCAAACAGCAUUGAAUUUUAUGGACGAUUAUUCUUUCGUGGCCUCCUGCUUCCAUCAACGUGUUCUCUUGCUGGGCUCUGUUAUGGGACAUCCUUGCGUUAAGUGUCGCGGCAGAUCCGGCGCAAAUCCGGCGUUAACGAAAUUACUUUUACGCCGUUAGCACAGUCUCCUGACAAUCAUGCCCUUCGUCGCUAGCGUAUCGUCGUCGAAAAGCCAGCUGCGAAAACACAGCGUGGAGUGUAAUGGGCAAUGGAAUGCCAGUGUUGUUAAUGAUGGUGGUGGUGGUGGUUGUGAUGAUGACGACGAUGAGGAGGACGUGGAUGAUGAUGAUGAUGGGGAUGAUGGUAGUGGUGCACAGGACAGCAGGGAGCAUGGCAGGGAACCGAACGCUAUGAAGAAGCGAGAUGACAAGGAUAUACUGUGUGAGAUAACCACCAUCCUGCAACCCGCCGAUAUGCUGAGUGAUGGCGUUGAGAUUAUGACGAAGCGGGAACAACGCCUUCACCAGGCUGCCAGGGACAACGACCACGUGUGUGUGAGGAAACUGCUCAAAGAAAAGGUCAACCUCAACUGCAGAAAUAAUCUUGACAGGACCGCCCUACACUGGGCUGCAGCCAAUGGGAACACCGAAGUGGCAGAGGCACUCAUAGAAGGCGGGGUCGACUUAGAAAUAAAGGACAAGUACGGCAUGCGAGCUGUGCUGUGGGCCGCGUGGUUCGGACAUCUACGGGUACUCAAACUUUUAAUCAAUGCAGGGGCUACCCCAACAGCUCGCAAUAAGCAAGGUCUGGGACUGCUGCACUGCGCCGCCGAGAACAACCAGGUGGAAGUGAUGCAUUUCGUGUUCGAAUCCAUCGAGGGGCUCAAUGUGAACGAGACGGAGAAGAAUGACAAAACAGCCUUGCAUUUGGCUGCCGAGAACGGACAUCUGGACGUGAUAUUCAAACUCCUCGAAAUGAGAGCGAACAUCUCCAUCAAAGACAAGAGCGGCGAAACGGCCGUCCACCUAGCCGCCAAAAACGGCCAUUCCGAGAUUCUCAAACGACUUCUCUUGUGUGGAAUCGAAGUUGAUGACAGGGAUGUUGAAGGUUGCACGGCGUUGUACCUGGCGGCUGAGAACAACCACAGGGAGGCGGUAGACUUGCUUCUCGACUACACGGCCAGCGCUAACGCCGAGACCAUCCGCGAGAUGACCCCACUUCACCAAGCUGCCUUUCUCGGCCACCUCGACGUCUGCCAGAGUCUGGUCCGAUCGGGAUGCAACCUCAACGCUCAAAACUUUCAAGGAAACUCCGCCUUACACAUGUCAGUAUUAGGACAUCAUAAGGAUGUCACUCUAUUCCUCGUCAACCCCAAAUGUGAAUUAGAUCUUCCAAACCAUCGACUACAGACGGCGCUGCACCUGAGUGUGGAGAACGAAUAUCUGGACAUUGUGGAGGUGUUGCUGGCUGGAGGAGCAGACUUGGAGGCCAAGGAGAAGACCGGCAAGACUGCGCUACAGCUGGCCGCCAGGGGGAGUUUCGUGGCGAUUGUGGACAUGAUCAUCAAGGCCGAUCGAUACUACGCCAAUACCCGAGAAUACCACGACAGUGACCUGGGUUACGUGGAUCCUGACCUCUAUCUCAGGAAGCCGGUCCACCCGUCGGCGUCUCUGAUGAAAACGGUUAUGUGGAAACUAGCCACGAAACAGCUGAAACCUGCAGACUGGAAGAAACUCGCCGUACACUGGAAGUUCACGCCCGAACACAUCCGCUCAAUAGACCACCAAUACACGGGUGUCCACAGCUACAAGGAGCACGGGUAUCGUCUGCUGAUGAUCUGGCUGCACGGGGUGAGGAAGGACGAGAACGUGCUGAAGCUGCUGUUUGAGGCCCUCAUCGCGAUAGACAAGAGACAGCUGGCCGAGCACGUUAGGAGACAAGCCAACAUGCAUUCCAAUAAGCCAUGCUCGCCUUCCGUCUGUACUGUUUCCUAGCGAAGUGUCAUGGGCCGCCAUUGUUCCCUGAUGGCGUUGAAACCAACCUUUGGUGUUCCACUGAACACACCUGAAGUGUCGGCGUGUGACCACGCAACGUCUUGGCAUGCUGCAAUGUCUUGGCAUGCGGACGCGACGCUCGGAGCAAGAAGAGUGAAGAUUCAGUUGGAAGUUUCACAGAAGAAAAAUGGACCUCAACAUCAACUUCAGCCUCAAAGGUCAACAAAAGAUGAAGAUCCGACAACCUGCAUUUGGUAGUGGAGAGGCUGCCAAAGCUUUCUGGCAGGCAAUGAUGAUAUACAAAUGUGUCAUGUUUAAUGAGCAAUUCCAUUUUGACUGGCGUUACAAUAUAAGCCUACUUUGAAUUUAAGAUGUCUGUAUUCUGGUCACUGUUGUAUCGAAAUAUUUCUUGCUGUUAAGUUUAUAUUAGAUACCAAUAUGCGUACUUAAUCAUGAAGUAGAAUUCAAAAGAGUUUACCAGAAUCUAUAAAUGGUAUUUGAUGUCCGUUUAAAUGACCGUAACUGACGAUACAAAAAUGUAACGUCUAUCAAGAUCAAUUAAAAUUUGACGAUUAAAUUUUAAUUAAGAUGGUGUAAAGUUUACCAGCUGCCUAAUUCUCAAAGGUCUCUUAGGCUCUGCUCUUUGUAAGUAUUUUAGCAUUGCACUGCGAGAUCACAAAGUUGCGAGAGUUUAGUGAAUUAGGCCCUUGAGCAUUGAGUAAUUCAUGGUCAUCUGACAUUAAACUUAAUAGCAAGAAAUGAUUAGAAAUAAACAGUAACCAAAAUACUAGUAUUUGAAAUUUGAAAAUUGGCGUAAAUGUAAUCGCUCGAAUGAGUGAUCACUGAUAUUUUGUUGUAGUAAGUGAGCCCGCCGUUGACUUUAGAAGAGGCUUCACAAGAAGACCACAAGUGUUACUGGCAAUCUGUUAGAAAUGAGAUAAGACAAUGUCUAAAAAGAUGAUAUGGGAAGAGAAAGGAGACAUAUGUAAAUAAUAACAACAACUCCACUGCUGUUUGUUAUUUCACGGACUUGUUACAUAGGACAAUAAAGUAUUAUUAAUGGAAGUAUGUUCAGAUUUCAGAUUUACUUGGCAGUAUCUGUGAUUGUGCUGUGAAAGAAAGGAAUGAAUUAUGUGUUGUUAACUGUACAUGGUUAACAGAAUACCGAAACUGUGUUACAACAUAGGUUUUGACAGGUAAUUAGGAAGGAAAUGAGCAGUAUGGAUAUUCUACAAAUAAUGAUUUCAAAGCUUUAUCAGUUUAUGAUAAUAUUAUCUCUCUCUCUCUCUCUCUCUCUCUCUCUCUCUCUCUCUCUCUCUCUCUCUCUCUCUCUCUCUCUCUCUCUCUCUCUCUCUCUCUCUCUCUCUCUCUCUCUCUCUUGUACAGUUAGGAUUUUUAGUAUGAUAAUGUUUGUAAAUGUUUGAUUUUGUCUUAUCAAUUAACCAACCUUAUCUUUGACAGUUUUGCCUUUUAGUGUCAGUGGUAGAUUUUCUGAGUGCUCCGAUUCCUAUACAUUCUAAUUGUCGAUGAUAUAAUCAGAACACGUGUGUGGUGAGUGUGUUUGUGCUUUGUCCAAAAACAGCUUUAACAUCAUCAAACCAUGGGACAUACGUAAUAAGAUAUACCUUAAUUGCAUGCCUAGUACUGAUAAUUUUAACAAAGUAACCUUGAUUGUAUUUGAAAUGCUGAACAAAUAUCAUUUCAACUUUUAUUUUUAAAUUCUAAAUGGAUGUCACAUCAUUGUAACCAUAUACUCAAUAUAGUUUGUUAUGUCAUUAACUAUUUUAAAGUUAUUUUAAGCUGAGACAAAAAUUUAAAGGAAGAUACAUCUUAAAUCAGUUAAAAAUAUAUCUUAUAUAAAUCUUACAUUGAAUUCCAGAAAGCAUCCAAUUCCAAAAAUCUUGUUUGUUUAUAUUUAUUUUCAAAAAGCAUUGAAAUGCAUGUAUUUUAUUAUGAUCUCUGGGUAAACAAAUAUCUAGGGACAAAGCUUCAUUCUUUGCGAAAAUGUAUUAAACAGAAAUUAGAGUGCCUUGCUUCCCUUAAAACAUCGCAUUGCUCAUACUAACAACUCAUAGUUACAGAUGUAUGGGUAUAUGUAUGAGUUUUAAAAUAUGUCCUUGUUGAUGUCACUCCUGUCUAAUAUGUAUAUAUUGGUUACAAUGGGAUGCAAAACUUGUAUAUUGGAUCACAUUGUUGUCGUAACAUUUUCAUACAGUUUUCUUUUUGUUGUUAUUGUUGUUUUCAAUCUAUAUUCAGCAGCAAAAUGUACUUUGGUGUAUCCUACUGAUACAAAGGCGUGAACAACUGUAAAUGUUGAUAUAUAUAUAUACCCGUUUUUUAAAUAUGAAAUGCCGUUCAUCUUUUGCUAUUUUACUUCUAUUGUUUUGCAAGGUGUACGUUUUAACACAGUUGAUUACAUUAUGAUGACACAUGCUUCAACUGUCCAAAUACUAAUUGAAGACUUAUUCUGUAAGAUAGUAUGUUUGUAGAGAAUAUGUAAUAUAAUAUAAUCAUUGAUCUUUAUCAAGAUAUCGUGUUUAAGGAUAAUACGUAACCCCAAAUAUAAUCAUUGAUCUUUAUCAAGAUAUCGUGUUUAAGGAUAACACUUAACCUCAAAUAUAAUCAUUGAUCUUUAUCAAGAUAUCGUGUUUUAGGAUAACACUUAACCUCAAAUAUAAUCAUUGAUCUUUAUCAAGAUAUCGUGUUUUAGGAUAACACUUAACCUCAAAUAUAAUCAUUGAUCUUUAUCAAGAUAUCGUGUUUUAGGAUAACACUUAACCUCAAAUAUAAUCAUUGAUCUUUAGCAAGAUAUCGUGUUUUAGGAUAACACUUAACCUCAAAUAUAAUCAUUGAUCUUUAUCAAGAUAUCGUGUUUUAGGAUAACACUUAAACUCAAAUAUAAUCAUUGAUCUU